CAGCUUUCAAACGCCGUGACGUCAUCCGAAUGAGCGGGACGACUCCACCGAUGUAUUCACGCGUGUGCAAGUUGUUUACCUUUCACGACCAAUAAACCGGAUUAAAAACGUUAAAGAGAUUUCAUCCACGAAAUAUCUCAUUUGCUCCUUGAGCCGCAGAAAGUAACGGCUCCACGAUGACAGCACUGUUGUGGUGCAUGAUUCACUUCCGGGGCAUGGAGAAGGUGUGAGGAUGGCGUCGGACGUGGUGGCCCAGCUGGCCGACUCUCUGGCCCGGACUCAGGUGGGAGAGGGAGAGCUGAGCUAUAAGGGACAGGGCCUGAAGCUGGACAACGCAGAGUCUGUGGAGGACAUAGUGAAGGCGAUUCGGAAGUUUGAGGGUCUGCGUGCUCUGCGUUUGGAGGGAAACACGUUCGGAGUGGAAGCUGCACAGGCCAUCGCUAGAGCGCUGGAGGACAAGCACGACUUUCAGUGUUGUUACUGGAGCGAUAUGUUCACGGGCCGCCUGCGUUCGGAGAUCCCACCUGCUCUGACCUCUCUGGGUGCAGCUCUAAUAUCCGCCGGCGCUCAGUUAAAGGUGCUGGAUCUGAGCGAUAACGCGUUCGGACCCGAUGGCGUGCGAGGCAUCGAGACGCUGCUGAAGAGCUCGUCGUGCCACACGCUGCAGGAGCUGCGCCUUAACAACUGCGGGAUGGGCAUCGGGGGAGGAAAGAUCCUGGCGGCGGCCCUGACGCAGUGCCAUAAAGAGUCGAGCAAGGUCGGCGCCCCUCUGAGGCUGAAGAUCUUCAUCGCAGGACGGAACAGGCUGGAGAACGACGGAGCCACGGCGCUGGCUCACGCCUUUCAGCUGAUGGGCAGUCUGGAGGAAGUCCACAUGCCUCAGAACGGCAUCAACCACCCCGGAGUGACGGCUCUGGCCAACGCCGUGCAGCACAACCCCCAGCUCCGAGUGCUCAACCUCAACGACAACACCUUCACCAAGAAAGGAGCCAUCGCCAUGGCGCAGGCUCUGAAGCACCUCCGCAGCGUGCAGGUGAUAAACUUCGGCGACUGUUUGGUUCGCUCUGAGGGAGCCUUCGCCAUAGCCGAGACUCUGAAAGAUGGCCUUCCCAUCCUCAAGGAGUUGAAUCUGUCGUUCGGGGAGAUCGCAGUAGAGGCUGCUAUGGCUGUUGCAAAAGCAGUGGAGCACAAAGACCAGCUAGAGAAACUCGACCUCAAUGGUAACUGCAUCGGCGAGGAAGGGUGUGAUAACCUCCGGGAGCUCAUGGGAGACCUGCUGGCCUCUCUGAGUGAUGAUGAAGGAGAGCCAGAUGAUGACGAAGAUGAUGGUGAAGAUGAUGAAGAAGAAGAGGAGGAGGAGGAGGAUGAGGACGACGAGGAGAAGGGGGAGGAUGAGGAAGAUGAUGAUGAGGAAGAUGAUGAUGAGGAUGAAGAGGAGGAAAAUGAGGAAGAAGGAGAAGACAAGCCCAGAACAAACAAACAGAUCUUUACUCCACCUUCAGCCCCUCGCCCUCCAGACGUCUCGUCCUUCCUCUGCUUCCCGUCUCCUGACAAACUGCUGCGUCUCGGUGACCAGAGAGUCCAACUGAUCCAGAACCAGGUGGACGUGACAGACAUGAGUAAGACUGUAGAGGCCUUCCUGAAGAUCUCGUCAGUGUAUAAGGAGGAGGAUGGCGAGGUGAAGGCAGCGGUGCUGGAAAGUGUUGAUGCUGUUUUGAGUAAAGCCUUUUCCACACCAUCAGUCCAGACAUUUAGUUUCAUCUCUGCUUUACUGGUGAAGCUUGGUCUGAUAAAGAGUGAGGAUAAAUUAAAGCCCGUGGCAGUCGUACCAGGUCACCUGCAGUGUUUGGAGCAUGUGGUGAAGCAGAAGUAUUUCCCUAGAGAGCACAUCGCUGUGCUUCAUGCCUUUUUGGACAGACAAAAUAAGUCCUUGGACUCCUGCAUCAGCGCUCGAGACAGCCUUCGCACCACCCUGCAGAGACUACUGCCUGAGAGCUAAAGAUACACACACACACACACACACACACAUACACAAACACAGUGGACGUUUCUCUGCUCCUGGCUGUUCAUCUCUCUGUGUUGGAGGAUUUUGGGACUAAAAGGAAAUCGUAGGACGAGACAGGACUCAUGGGCUAAAGACACACACACACACACACACACACACACUGUUCAGACUUCACACUCUGCCAUGUUUCACUGAAUGAGCUCAUCUCGGUCUGAAAACUAAAAGCAGUCAGUAUUAAAGUAGAACACAAUAAUAAAAGCUGUGUGUGCUCCUGUG